AUGACUGCCGGUUUCCCACCAGACUACAUGCAUAUUAGUUUGGCUCUAAGUGUUGAUUUCCCCCGAAAAUGUCGAGGUGUCGUAGACCUGGAUCGGUGGAAGGCAUCUGAGCUACGACAGCUUCUUCUGUACACAGGACCCGUUGUUUUACGAGAUAUCUUACAUCCUAACGUUAACGAAUGCUUUAUACUGUUUACCUUUUUUCCACAACACUAUGCUGAUUUUUUAGUUGAUGCUUCCAAGGUUUUUGUAUCAAAAUUUGCUGCUAUUUUUGGUCCUAGCCAUAUAGGGUACAACGUAUACCUCUUCUCCCAUUUAUUCAAUUUAAUCGAGCUUUACCGUUGCUUGGAUCGUUUUUCCUGUUUUUCUUAUGAACCGGAGCUGGGGCAUUUGAAGCAUUACAUACAUGGGCCAAAACUACCAGCUGUUCUGCUUUACCGCCGAUUGAACGAGCGUGUGGGAUUAGAUGCUGUCGAAAGGAAGAUAUUUUUGGAUGAUGUUGGUUUGCCACUGCCGGAUGCCACAGGUUUGUUCAUAGGGAUGUCGUUUUUUCGAAAAUCUUUCCCGACAACUGCAUUUUGCUUGAUGAUCAGCCAGAUGUCAUUGCGGAUUUUUUUAGAGAUACUACUGAGUACCCGAAAUUCAAAACUGCUCUCGCAUUUUACACUCACGCAUUGA